AUGAACACUCGAGGGAACCUUGCGAGAGCUCUUAAAGCUAGCGACUCAAGCCGUCUCGAUCAGUUAGAAAGAAUGAUUGAGCAAUUCUUCACGGCAGCCCAAGCUGAAAGGCAACAACCACCACCUCCACAGAACCCACCUCAAGUAAUUCCACCACCACCUCAAGUACAACAACAACCGACUAACAAUGCCCAGGGCCCACAGUUGGGGAAUGUGGCACAACCUCAACGGGAAGAUCUCAACUUGAAGAAAUUCUUGAAGCUGAAACCUCCAACCUUCCCGGGAGGAAUAGACGCCGAAAGGGCUGAUGCUUGGGUCGCAGAGCUAAGAAAGAUAUUUAUAGUUAUGCAUUGUACAGAAACCCAGAAAGUUGGACUAGCCACAUAUUUACUGCAAGGAGAAGCUCAGCAAUGUUGGGAGAUGAAGGAAGAGACUGAGCCGACAGUGACUUGGGAUCGAUUUCUGGUCGUCUUUCGAGAGAAAUACAUACCUCAGUCCGUCCAGGAUGCAAAGUGUGUGGAGUUUUAUCGACUGAAGCAGUGGGGACAGAUGUCAGUGACUGAAUACAAAGCAGAAUUCACCAAGCUAUCACAGUACGGGAAACAGUUGAUUAGCACAGAAAAUCUAAAAGCUCGAAGGUUCAAAGAGGGACUCCAUCCCGACAUCCGUGAUGUCAUACUGCCAAUGCGAUUGGUUACAUACGCUGACAUAGUUGAUCAUGCCAUGAUCGUGGGGAAGAAUGUCAACAGCAGAAAGAAGUUCACUGAGAAGAAAAAACGUCGUUUUGACAACUUUUAUGGGAAGAAGUCAAGUGAUUUUCCUCCCAAAAAACAGAAUGCGGGACCAUCCAAUGUUGGGAGGCAGAAUGACAAUCGGGGCAACAAGGUGCCUAAGUGUAACACUUGCGGUAGCUUUCAUUCAGGAGAAUGUCGCAAAGCUAUUAGAACUUGCUUUAACUGUGGUGAUGGGGGACACAUGAAAAUGAAUUGUCCUAAAUUGGUGCGAACUGGAGCGAAUGCGGUACCACUAGAGAGAAACAUGGUGCAGGCAACUGGGGCAGAACCAAACUUAGUGAGCAAUCAACGACAAGGCAGAGCUUUUGCCUUAAUACCAGGAGACAUGCAGAACACAGAAAUGGUAGUUGCAGGUAACUUGUUUUACUGUUCAUUAUCGGCUUAUGCUCUUAUAGAUUCCGGAUCAACACAUUCAUUCACUGCAUCGCAUUUUGCCAUGAGACUACCUAAGAAACCCAAACCCCUUGGUUAUGAUUUGAUUGUUUCUCAGCCCAUGAGUGGCAGUAUUUGUUGCUCAACUGUACAUAGAAAUUGUGAUGUGUGUUUCGAUAAUAAUCAUCUGACAGUCGGCUUGAUUCUCAUGGAGAUGGGUCACUUCGACGUUAUCUUUGGCAUGGCUUGGCUGUCUGCCAACAACGCCAUUAUUGACUGUGCACAUAAGUGUGUUGAGUUUCGAAUCCCGGGUCAUGUGGACUUUUGUUUCACGGGGGUUGGCAUAGUUCUACCUCCGUAUUUAGUAUCCACGGCUCAAGCCCGACGACUUCUGAGGAAGGGUUGUCAUGGGUUUUUGUACAGCAUCUCGUCGUCACCAGUAGAAGAUACGAAGAUAUCUGUUAUUCCUGUGGUUUGA